GGGGGGGGGUUGAAUGGCGUCACGUGACCCGGGCGGGAUGGGAAUGGCGGCCGGCGGCUCCCGCUCGGUGUGGAGUCGGUCACCGCCGGGGAAAGGCUGCUGGCGCACCGGCCUGGCCCUCGGCGUCCUCUCGCUCUUCUGUACCGGUGGCGGAGUCACCGACGGGCCUUAUUUAAAUGAACUGUUUCCAUACUAUCCUUUGGAGCAUGGUUCGCGGAAUACUCAUAGAUACAUCAGAGAUUGUCAGCCUAUUGCGUUCGGGAAUAUUACACAUGAAACCUGGCCUGCAGAUAAAUCCACUGAUCUUCCCAUUGCUAAAUCUACUGUAUUUGUUUCAAAGUUUCCCACUGAUGAGGGAAAGCUUAAAACAGUCACUGGCCAUUUCACCUUUGUGAAUAACCCACUGAAAACAGUCUCAGUCUUGGAGCCACGAGAACCAGGAGGAUGUAGUCACUCGUACAGAGCAACAGUACAAGAAACUGCAAAAUCCAGGAAGUGUUUGGUGGCCCACAAUGGUGGAUUUUUUGACAUGGACAAAGGACGUUGCUUCGGUAAUGUUGUGAGUGACGGAAAACUGGUACAAAAUGGAAAUGGAAUUCAAAAUGCACAAUUUGGGAUCAAGAAGGAUGGCACUUUAGUAUUUGGAUAUCUAUCAGAAGAGGAGGUUCUGGAUCAAGAGAAUCCAUUUGUCCAACUAGUGAGUGGGGUAGUAUGGCUCCUGCGAAAUGGCACAAUUUAUAUUAAUGAGAGCCAAUCAGCCGAGUGUUCAGAGACUCAGAAAACAGGGUCUUUUGAAAAGUUUAUUAACGUAGUAUCUGCACGAAAUGCUGUAGGACAUGAUAAAUAUGGAAGGCUUAUUCUGUUCCAUGUUGAUGGACAGACUGAUGACAGGGGGCUAAAUCUCUGGGAAGUUGCAACAUUUUUAAAGAGCCAAGGGAUUAUUAAUGCCAUUAAUUUGGAUGGAGGGGGAUCAGCUACUCUGAUAUUCAAUGGAUCACUUGCAAGUUACCCAUCAGAUCACUGUUUAUCUGAUCCCAUGUGGCGCUGCCCUCGGGCUGUUUCCACAGUCAUAUGUGUACAUGAACCUGAAUGUGUACCUGCAGACUGCAGUGGACAUGGAGACUGUUUACUUGGAGAUUGUCACUGCACAGGUUUUUGGUCUGGAGCAUCAUGUAACUUACUUAACUGUGGACCUUUAAACUGUACCAUCCAUGGAAUCUGCUCUGAGGAUGGAUGUCGUUGUAAUGCUGGAUGGAUGGGAACCAACUGUACAGAUGUGUGCCACCUUGGCUUCUAUGGUGAUGGCUGUAGCCAAAAAUGUCACUGCAUGAAUGGUGGGACUUGUGACCCUGUUCACGGUGCCUGCACCUGUCAGCCAGGCUACCAUGGAGAGUUCUGUGAACAAGAAUGCCCCCGAGGGUGGUAUGGAUUGAAAUGCCAGCACUCUUGUCACUGCCCAAAUACAUGCCCGUGCCAUCCAGUGACUGGUAGUUGUAACAUCACCCAUGGUUCUGGAUUUAAUGACGACUUGUACAGAGUGCAUCAAUGUCUAGCUUCACAGACAUCUAAUAUCUGGAAAAACCAACAUGGCUUUGGAGAAGAUUCACAUUUAUUCAAAGAGAAAACUUGGCUAAUCAUAUCACUCACUCUCCUCAUCUUACUGUUACUGAGUACAGCAGGAAAUCUUUUCCAGUUUUGCCAAAGAAGUGUUUGCCCUGGAUUCUACAGCGAGUAUUCCUAUCAAAGACUCAACGAAUCUAAUGGAUUGACUUGUGUUGAUGUUCCAGAAAUUAUCCCAUUGAAACAGAAUGAUGUAUCAUUUGAAGAGGACAUCAGGAAUUCGGAAACUAUAAAUUUUUAGCAACUUUUGCACUACCAUGCCAACGUGGUCUUUUUGCUGCCUUGUUCUACUUUUGCCAAAGCAGCUGAAGUUUUCAUUGAAACUUGGGAGAACUUGAAUUGGUUUCUUGUGAAUUGCACCUUCUGUUAAUGGUCACUUGGACAUCACCCUCAGGAAUCGUAGCACUGUGAAAACAAAAUAUUCUACCUUGUAAGUGUGUAACUAAGUUUAAGUAGCUGCCAAAUAUACUUAAUUCACAUGCAGCAUUUCGAUUGUUGAGCAAAAUUGAAAGACAGUAAUGACAUGAUGUUGUCGUACUGAAAUAUUUUUGUAUGCCUUCUCAUUUAUGUCUUAAUUUUCUUCCUUCCCUUCCCCCCACCACCCCUAUCCCACCCCCUAGCCCUCCAAAGUGACCAUUACAAAUACCAAGGUUGUGGGCAUUUGGAAGAUUAAGGGGUGAAAUUUGCACGGCGUUAAGGGGAGCUGUUCAGCUUGGUACAGAAAAGCCAUACAUUGGUUGGGAAGCCUGGCCUAAAAUUUAGAGCCAAUCUGGUCUGGAAUGAUGUUACAAAUAUUUGAUACAUGUGAAGAAUGGUAGAAAUUUAAACUUUCUUCCACAACCAAAACUUGACAUUUAGUCAGUUGUUAAUUUUAAAUUUGAGAUUGUCAAAUAUUCUUUGUUAACCAAAGUUAUGAAGGCAGUUGGGUCAAUGGUGCACAUACACAAGUUAAUAGUGGAAGAACGUUACACUGAAAUUUGAUGCAAACUAUGCAUUUUUUAAUAUUUUAGCAGUUUUUAUUUAUGGUUUAGAUAUCUCUAAGCUUUAUGACACUUCAUGCAAUCUGUUGGCAUGAUCCAAAGAAAAGUGAAUGAUACAUCAUGAGUAAAUGGGGACUAACUGCUGGAUUAGACAUAGUUAUGUCCUGCUCUUGUCCUGUCACCAUGGUUUCUUAAUUUAAAAAGGAAAUAUUUGUAUGCACCUUGGAUUGCACAAUAAUUUUAUCUAUAACUGGAAAUUAUGCAUGUGUUCUUAUUCCCAUGAUUAACUGGCACAAAAAUGCAAGAGUUUAAGGAAUACUGCCACAAGAGAAGGGUUUCAUGUCUUUUCCAGUUUCCUUUUAAAAUGUGUAUCAGUAACUUAUUUUUAAAAUGUCUGAUUUUGAAAUGUAUUUGUGAAUGGGUGCUGCCUAGCUUUUUCCAACAGUUUGAGGAAACUGAAAUUUAUGAACCAGUGUCUAAUCAAGGACUCCCAGACUGCAUGUUACUAAAUGGAAAGAUGCAGUAAUCUGCCUUGUGCCCGUUGAUGUAUUCAAUGUGCUUGGUAUAUGUUGUGCAAGAUUCAGUUUUUGCACAAAGUAUCCUUGGGCCAGCCAGUGGGGAAAGUGCAAUAAAUUAGAUAUUCUGCCAUAAUCUGUUUUGCAGGUGAAUGCAAUUUUAAGCGUAUUACUUAACUAAGAAAGUUAUUUUAUCCUCUGAUUAUAUACUCCACUGAUUGUAUGUGUCGGCACAACAUUGUACGCCGAAGGGCCUGUACUGUGCUGCCAUGUUCUGUGUUCCUAUAAGAUACAGAAUUGUGGUGGAGGCUGAUACGAUAGGGUCUUUCAAGAGACUGUUAGAUCGGUACAUGGAGCUGAGUAAAAUAGAGGGCUAUGGGUAAGCCUAGUAAUUUCCAGGGUAGGAACAUGUUCGGCACAGCUUUGUGGGCCGAAGGGCCUGAAUUGUGCUGUAAUUGUUCUAUGUUCUAAGGAUGAUACCAAGAUCACAUCUGAAAAUAAUAAAAUGUGUAGGAAAGGGUACGACUACAAAAUGGAUAAGUUGCAGGACCAUUUCUCCAAGGACCCAAGUUUUGAUCGUCUCAAGACAGCUGGGGAAAUUUAAUUCCAAGUGGUUAAAUCUGGAAUUAAAGCUGGUCUCAAUAACUAUGAAACUACUGAAUUGUCAUAGAAACCCAUCUGGUUCACUAACGUCCUUCAGGGAAAGAAACCUACCAUCCCGGACUGGUCUGGCCAUCCUUUGACUCCAGGCUCACUGAAAUGGUUGACUCUGAUUUCUCAGUUUGCUGCAACCAGGAGUAGACAUAAAGUGUCGGCAUUUCCAGUGAUGUCCACAUCUUGCUGGUGAAUAAAUUUUUUAAAUAAUAAGGUAACAUCACUGCCAGUUUGCAAGGAGUCAUUCAAUCAGCUAUUUUGAGGUUUGGUGUGAUGACAAAGUCAGAUGAACAGUUCAAUGCGAGUUCAGAUCUUGCCAUUCCGAGGCUGUGAGGAUUUUGAGCACUAAGCAUUUAUACACCAGUUUACCUUUGUCCAGAUUUCAAUGAAACCUUGGAAAUUUUGCUCUAAAGAAGAAUAAAUCAAAAUGGUUGAACCAUUUUGGCUUCAGAGGUUUCAUUCUCCAAUGUGAAUGUACAUAUUUUAUGCUAGAACUUGGCAUAAAAAAUGUCUGGAAAUUCAUCCCCGAUCCUGCUGUGGAUGCAGUAUGUAGCAGGAUCAAUGUUCUCUACUCUACCUUGGUAAUUUUUUCACUUGAAUAAAUUUCAGAAGCAGCCUCUUAGAUAGCCACAAGAGUGAUAGAGAAACGUGAGGGCUAUGUGGGAGGGAAAGGUUAGAUAGAUCUUAGAGCAGGAUAAAAUGUCGGCACAACAUUGUGGGCCAAAGGGCCUGUACUGUGCUGUGUAGUGUUCUAUGUUCUACAUAGCACACGAACACUGCUACCAACGAGGUAUGAAUUUCUUGGCAAUAGUGCCAAAGUUACAAUGCAAAUUGCAUGGAAAAAUUUGCUUUUACAUCUGAAUAUUACAAAGGGAGAAAUUGUUCUACUAAUAACUAUUCCGUAUUGUACAUUAGUGUUCCUGGCUGGGGUUUAUCAAAUUAUCAGUCACGUUUUUAAAUUGUUUACAUUUACAUCUUUUAGACUGGAACAUUUUAGAUGAAAUGCUAAUAAAUAACAUGUAAAAAACUGGCAAUGUCUUUUGUAGAAAUAAUUGAGAUGGUUUACAAUUUAGCUGCGAUUCUGUGUUAAAAUAUACACAACUAACGUCUUGGAAAAUGGAUAUGUAGGUUUUUAAUCUUUUAACUGAAUGAAUAUAAAUUCCACCUUCUGCUUUAAGAUCCUCCAUAAAAUGCAAUACUCGGACUACAGUGAUAACCACUCUUCCAUUUUCGUGAUUUAGCUCUGCAUCCAUUUCUUCAGCUGGUCUCUAUGAAGCACCUUGGAAUAUGUUCUGGUGUCAUUAUGUACAGUAAUUGAAAAUGUUGAUGUGUGUGUUCAACUUAAAAAGACAAACUACCAAUAAACAUUGCAUCCCAUUUAGGUCACCGAGUAACAUAA